GACUAUUUUAGUUAACUAUGGAUUCUGAAAGAUGUUUAUUAAUAAUUAUAGUGUCAAAUGUGUUGUUGUAUUUCAGGAACUUGAGAACUUAUUGGAUGUUGUUCAUCAAACACACAAGUUGUUAUCAAACUACAUGACUCUUAUUCCAUUUGACGCCAUGUUGAAGGAAGUGAACCAUUGUGUUUCUGCUCCUUAUGGUAGAACGACACUUCAUGUUUUCUGGGAAUUAAACUUUGAUUUUCUUCCUAACUAUUGUUAUAACUCGGCCACUAACAGGUAAGUCGCAUAUUUAGUAGUCUUAUAUAUACUGUAUACUAUAACUGGAGUAUUUAAAUGGCAUAAUUAUAAUACACUACUUUAUUCGCUGCGUGUUUCUCGUUACAUAUAUACAAUCACAACUUCAGUAUUCGGUUCAUUCACUUCCUUUACCAUGAUACUUUGCAUGCAGCAUUUCUUUUAUUCUACAAUUUUUUAUUCUUGCAGUUGUAUUCAAUGAACUCUAUAAGCGGAGCCGUAAACUGUGGGGAUGGGGGCGCGGGUUAUCUUUUCAUCUAAGUAUAAAAGUAGAAUUUGGAAGUCAAUUUCUUUUUAGUGUUUAAUACUAGUAUCACGUUUUGUGUCAUUGGAAAUUCUGAAAAUUCUAAACCAAAAUAGAGGAGGUUUAAUACAUAUUUAAUGUCGCAUAUCAUUCUGCAAAAAUCUGUAAAAUAUGUUUUAUUUUCAGGUUUGUUAAGACGCCAUUAUCAUUUGUAGAAGAAGUUCAGCGAGAAAAUCCUCCCAAGGCUGCACAUCAUUAUUUCUUUGGUACCAAGGUAGGGCAAUGUGGUCUGUGCAAACGAUCAAACAUGAGUUUUGUUAAAUAACAGGAUUCAUGAAGACUUUCUAAAAUGCUAGGUUUUUCCAUUCCAGCUUCUUACCUUUUGUUUAUUUAAAUUAUUAUGGGAGUAAGUAAACUAUGUGAAGUUUUUGGGGUUAUAUUUUUGGGUUUGGGAAUAUGUCGCUCCCAUUAACAUAAAUAUAUAAAAUGCAUGAAAAUAAAUGACAUUUAACAUAGAUUAAAAUAAUUGACGAAUUAGGUUCGGCGCAUGCAUGAGAAGAGCAACGUUUGAAAUGCUGUCGCUCCAGAGUCGCAUAGUACGACAAGACCUGUUGCUCCAAUUAUAACGUCGUUCCAAAUGCCUCUGUCGCAAUUAAUCCAUUCUGUUGAACUUAACCUAAACAAACGUCGCUCUUAGGUUCGACUCAUAAGAAGAACGACGUUUUACCCAGACCUGCCAUAGUAUGAAAUAGAUUGCCUUUUGUCUACCUCGUUUUAAACCACAUUAUACCAGCUUUGAAAUCUACUCUUCUUCGUGGCGGUGCUCAUCAUUUCUCAAUUUCCUUGCAUGAAUAGCAAUUAACUCUCAAAUGCAUGGUUGUGAUUGGUAAACGCAUUAGUACAUGUAACCCUUACCCUUAAACUAUUUCUAUUUCAGGCUCAGAACGCUGCGUUUAACAGUAUCAAUGCAUUGUAUAAUAAUUUCGUUGGUCCUGCACAUUUUGAAUCAAUGACUCGACUUCUUGGUUACCAAGGUAUAGCUGUCGUGAUUGAGGAGUUACUCAAGGUCAUCAAAAGUUUGGUGAGUUUAUAAACAUCUUGAGACAGUGUAAAAUAUUUUCAUACUGCGACACUGCAGACAACAACAAAAAAAAUGUUGUCUCGGGCGGGACUCGCAUCUUCGGUUUCCACCAGUCCACAUCACUGAUCUAAUAGUCUACUAUUAUAGAUCAGUGGUCUCGGCUCUAUUAUCUCUGAGGACGAAUGUGUAAUAGACUGCACGUCCAAAGACUAACGUUAUUAUAAGUUGCCACAUUGUUUUUUUCGUGGACUUAAAACAUGUACAAAAACAUAACAUGUACAAAAACAUUACAGACUCGAAGAUGCGAGUCCGAGACAUCGAAUGUUUCGUUCUCCGCUGUAGGUUUUUUUCUUAAAUCUGAUAUGAUCUUUUUAAAAUAUACUUUGAAUAUACUUUGUCUUCAUUCUUACUUCAUUCUACCCGGUGUAGGUGCAAGGUCAAUUGAAACAAUACAUUGUUGAAUUAAUACAAGGUUUGCCCAAGAAAUGUGGCUUACCAAGAUAUGAAUACGGCUCUAAAGGUGAGAUAUUAGUCACAUUAACAAUGGCUUUCAACAUGUUCUAUUUAAUCAUUUCAUGGAAUACUAUCAUAGUUGUUUCGGGAAGUAUGCGCACUUCAAAACACUUAACGAUAGUCGAGGCGUUGUCCUUCGGUUCUGAAGUAACGUAACUGCUUUCUUUAAUGUCGUUUUGUAUUGGCCAGUCUGUAGAUGGUAUAGAAAUAACUUUUAUGGUAUAGAAAUAACUUAUAUGACACGAAACUGUGUUCAUAGGUCCAGAUUUAACUAUAAAACCAUAUGUGUCGCAACUAUAUGACAUGUCAAAUAGUUUAUAUCGUAUAUCACUGUUGCAGCCAGAUAAACAGUUUAAUUUAUACUCGCGUAUUUAUUGUGUAUUAGAUGCAGUAAUGAUCACAAUGUGACAAUACGAGAUAAAGGAAAUAGAUGCAACCUUAUUAUAUACAUAGUAAAAACAAUGGUCUUUCAUUAUACUAAACUUUGUAUAAGGUAUAACAGAUCAAGUGAAUUCUUUUCCUUCGUUCAGCUGUAUUGGAAUACUACCACGCCCAUCUUGAACCUCUGGUACAGUACAGUUACUUAAGAACUGAUGUCUUCCAAGCAUUCCGGGAAAUUGGAAAUGGGGUUUUGUUUAUCAUUUUAAUUGAACAGAGUAUGGUAAGUUGAAUUUCUCAGAUUUUUUACACAAUCUUGUAGGCCACUUGGUGUUCAACUAUACAACUUUGUGUGCAUAGCUAUCGCCUGCGUAGCUGGCAGCUUCACGGGAUUUGGAAUUGAGGCGCAAUCGGGCGUCGUGUUUCCACACAAUUUCUCGUUUUCCCAAUUUCCACUCGUGUUGAUAUAACUGUAUAUCAACACGGAAAAUGUUUUAUAUUUGUUAAAUAUCAUAUCAAUGUACAGAAAGUAGACUUGAAAGAAAUCUAGAAAUCCGUUUACGUCAUCAUAUAUUAGUGUCACUGUGCUGUCAAAGUAAUGUGAUUUCUGUUAUAUAUAAUUAUGUGAAAUAUCAUUUUGGUUAGUCAAAUUAACCAUACUUUAUUAUUAGUUAGUUAUAAUGUAUUAGUAUUAGUCAUACGACCACAUCAGCUAUAUGCUGUAAUAUUAUGAUCGUGUUUAAAUAAAUGCUUUUAUUAUUAUGAACAGGGGUAUGAAUUGUGGAGCAACGGGCCUAAACAGAUGAUAGCUUAUUCAUUUUAUGUCCAUGUGAAACAUCGUUUCCAUUUAUCCCUAUCUCUACAGUUAUUUCGAUAACAAGAUUUUAUUCCUCAUAUUUUAGUCGAUUGAUGAAGUUCUUGAUUUACUGCAAGCUGCUCCUUUCCAGGGUAUUAUACCAAGACCAUAUCUUCAAGGUAUGAUUAGAUUAUGACCUGUUUAGAGUGUUCACUGACAGCUGACAAUAAUGUUUUGUCAUGAUCGGUUUGUUGUACGAUUGAGACUGUAGCAAGAGGGAUUUACCUGUCAUUGGUAAAGUGCUUAUCGAAGCAUGAAGAAUGUUACUAAGGCGACCUCAUAACAGAAAUCAUGCAAAAUAACACUGCGCUCAACCUUAAACCUACGUUACGUACCGGCAAAACCGCUGGUCAGCAACCAGUCUCUGAAUUGAUUAAAAUGAAUCACAUUUCAGAUAAAUUGAUGUUUUUAGGACUACCUCACUGGCACUUCAAUUAUUUUUGCCACGUACUUGAGCUGUUACAAACCGAAGACUCGAGGUGUACUUAAUUUUUUAGAUACAGCACAUAAAGUACAAUAUUCUAAAACACAUUCAUUCAGACAUUCAGUAACCUGAAACUACGAGUGAGAUCAAGAAAGAGCACUAUUACAGUACAAACACAAUACAUACAGUUGACUCCAAUAUUCUUUUGUCCCAUCAGUCCAAUCAUGCUUCAUGUCAAGACAGUCAGAGUUAAACAUAUAGCUACAGUACUUAAUUACGGUUUUGAAUACCUUGGAAAGUUUGCUGGUCAUAUGGUAUACCAGCAAAACGCGAGUAUACAUGGUCAUAUGGUAUACCAGCAAAACGAGAGUAUACAUAGUCAUAUGGUAUACCAGCAAAACGAGAGUUCCACGUAUACCUACGUGGUACGUGGCAGAAAACAAAGAAGUAUACCAGAUCGUAAUAUUGCCGUACCUCCGGCAAUGCGAAUUAUCGCACACUACAUUCAAUCUUGCGAAACUAAUUAAUAAUUCAUGAUGAAAACACAAAAGAAAUCAUGAGCGUGAAAGGGUUUAUAUAUCUGAUACAGAAAUCAUGCUGAUUUACAUAAACUUGAAGUUCAAUUUUCUCACAAAUUUCAUUUAUUUUAAUUUGUUGAAGAAUACGAAUGUUCUCAUCAAGACGUUUCACAACGGCCGCUCACACGGCCGCUCAUGUUGUAAAUAGUACAUUUAAUGUUGAAGUUAAUAGAAUGCUAUUAUUUGUAAUUCAGAGGGUGAGAAGUUAGAAAGUAAGAUGAAGAAACUUGAACAGCAAUAUGCUCCAUUCCAAGUUGUUUCUUUAAUAUCAAGAUUCGGCACUAAAGAAGUAAGUACACUACAAAUGAGGGAAUACAGUGUUGGGUAUAUUCUACAACAAGCUGCCAUGGUUUGUGUCUGAACUACCUGAAAAGAUUUCUCAAACGUGGUGGUCCAGUGUAGGCAGGAUUCGACAAUAAGCUGUUGUGAUGUGUGUCUGAACUACACAUGUAAAAACACACAAGUUGUUACAGGUCUGCAAACAAGUUGUUACAAAUCUGUUCACAGGCUGUCGACAAGUUGUGUUCGCACUGCUUGUUCCCAGUUGUUAGUUUGUAACAAGCUGUUAUCAGCUUGAUAGCAUUAUCAAACUUAUUACAAAGUUGUUCUGACAAGUCUGAUACAGUCAUUAUAUAACAAAAAUGUUGCAAGGUUGACGACACAAGGUUGUAACAAUAUUGUUGUAUCGGACUUGUUGGGAUAACCUUGCAACAAGUCUGAUAAUAUUAACAAGGUUGUUGACAAGCAGUGCGAACACAACGUGUUGUUGUUGGCAGACUUUCUACAAGAUGUGAGAUUUGUACACGUGUACCUGAAACGAUAUCUCAAACCUUGGUGGUCUAGUGGAGGUAGUUUAUUGUUUAAUUUUGUUUAUUAUUCUGCAGCAACUGAAUAUAGCUCAUGAAGGUGAGCUUCUUACUAAAGAAAGAUUAUGUUGUGGUUUAUCUCUGGUUGAAGUCAUGUUAAAGAGAGUUCAAUCAUUUCUUCAUGAUGAAGUAUGGCAGACAUCUGUACCUCUGAAUGGAGUGAUGACAGUCGAGGAAUGUAAAGAUUUCCAUUCUUUGUGGAGUGCUAUAUUAUUCAUUAUCUGUCAACCUAUUGGACAGAAUGAAAUUUCUGUUGAGUAAGUUCAAUUAUCGUUUAUGAUAGUAGUUUUUAACAACGUUCUGUUAUUGGUAUGAAUUUUGAAACCUACUUGCAGAAGGAAUUGAAACGUGUAAAGUCCUUUAAUUACAUGACCAAAUAUGUCUGUCAAAUUUUCUGUGGUUAUAAUAAUGAAAAAAAAAAGUUGUAAAGUUUCUCGCCCAUAUUGGAAAAAAAGGGUGUCUUUGAACGUUCGUAAAAAAAUUAGCCUUGUGAAAAACUUUUAAAGGACAUUGUCAAUAAAAAAUUAGUUUGUCUCAUUCAAAAGAACUCUUAAAAUUAUAUGUUAAACUCUAUUACCGAUUUGUCAUAUCUUGUUUAGUUCUCGAAAUAUUUAGACCGAAAUUAAUGAGCUGUCCGCCAUCUUGGACUAAUUCUUGACCUCAUUAACUAUGGUUUUGAUGACGUCAGGAGUUGGGUUAACCAUAUAAAACUACUCUAAAAUGACCGAGUAACAAUCCAAAAUUGUUUGAAAUGUUUUUAAUCAUUUCUAAAUUUGAGACAGCAACCAGAAACGAACUUUUGGACCCAUAUUGAUCGCUUACUCUCAAGAUAAAAAAUUAGCGUGACUUUUUUCAGUCGAAAUAUUUUGAAAACUAAGCAAGAUAUAAACAAUCUGUAAUAGAGUUUAAUACGCAGUUUUAAGACUUCUUUCAAAUGAACUAAACAAUUUUUUUAUUGCCAAUGUCCUUUAAGCACUGUAAUAUUUUGAAGCAUUUGAAUUUAACCACUUAUUGUUGAAGCAGCACAGACUACAAACCGAGACAAGUUGUUUGUACACGUCAUUACAUAGCAAGUAGGGGUGGGUGGCGGAGUCCCAGUCCCAUCCUUGCCCAAUUUUCGACCCCUUCCUACCCCCAGUAGAAUCCCUGUACGACAAUGGUGAGCAGUAUACAUUACAUACUAACUGAAUAUCUCGCUCGUCAAGUGGAACAUCUAAUAUUGAAAUACGUUCAUUUUCCAGGCAAUUGUUUGGUGAAGGCCUAUAUUGGGCUGGUUGUGCGUUCGUGGUAUUGCUGAAUCAGCAAAAGAGAUUUGAAGCUUUAGAUUUCUGUUCACAUAUUGUCAAAGUUUAUGAUGUCGAUCCUAGAGAUGAGACUGUUGGCGGAGUGGUGAGUUUUCUCGAGAUUUUUCACAUUUUCCAGUGGGUUUUAUUGAUACAAGAAAUUGUAUGUGCCUCACGCCCGGAAUUUGGGCUCUACAUUGAGCAGUUUUCCUGAUGAAAUCAUCACAUUGGAGAAGAGUUAUAUCCCAGUUUCCUCCUGUAGUAACACUUACAAAUCAUUGAUCAGGAUAUCUUACUAUUGCCAACAGUUUAGUCAUAUCUUCCUUUCGUGUUUUUAGAGUCUGAAACGUCUUGUGGAGAAAGCAAGGAAUGUGAAAGUUCUCAAUCAACAAAUAUUUUCCUCACUAAAUAAAUAUUUAAAAUCAACUGAAGGGUCCUUGGAACAAGUUCGAUGUUUUCAACCGCCUAUACAUCAACCUUACGUCUCGUCUAUUUAAAUACAGUCUUAUUGGACCGUGGAAAAACUGUAUUUAAACUCAUCGUCCAUAGUUUUAAAAAUAAACGUGAUCAGAUAACAAAUCAAUAAUAAGCUAGAACUAGUACAUAGUACAUGUAUUAUCUCCAUAGCUUAGAACAUAAUAAUCAUUUAUAAAAUAACAAUAGUAUCACGCAAGUCGAUUCAUCAAAACACGUAAACAUGCAUAUAAAGAGGAUUUCUAUUCAUUGGAAAAUCUCGCAUGAUCGAUUCACCAUCACUCUCUUUUGAAUUGUCAGCUGUCAGGCCAAACGUAUUUCAUGUAAUGUUGAAAGAAAAGAAAUAAAGGCGACCGAAAAGAAUAGUAAUCUGCCUUCUGGAUUAUUAAGCUAUCCAAACAUUUACAUUUCCCACCAAACAAUACACCAUUCCGGAAAGUACGUCACUUUGGCUAUAGAGCCUCAUUUUCGUGUACGCGAAAACGAGGCUCCAUGACCAAGAUCACGUGCUUGCCGGAAGCGAGUAUUUUAGAAGAACACGACAAAUUCAGUUAACAGGAAGCUAAAAUGAGCAUAUUUCGUGAUAGACUUCCUUUUAUUAGUCACAGAAGAUGUUUCUGUAGCUUCGUGGUAAAGCAUCGUACCAGAGUGGUUUUUAUGCUGUGUCAUCUCACAAACAAGUUUUCACUUCCUUGAAAUAGAAUUUUCAUAACGUCUUUGAUCAAUGUGUUUCAAAGAUCUAUGCGACAUAAACUGUAUUUUUCAAAGGAACUUUGAAAGUGGAAUCAGUCUUAUAUAAUUAGUCUUAUAUCUAUAUGGGGUAUAUUUUAAAAUGAUGUAAGAUUCACUCUAAAUAUUAAUUAAUCUUGAUAAAUUGUGUAAUAAAUCUGUAGAGUUGUAGUCGUAAUAUUUCUAUAACGCUGACCGUCAUAGAAGUAACUGUAAUACCCAUUAGAAAUCAAUUAUUUUUGCUAUGAAUUAUGAA